GUAACUGCCUAGGAUAUUUCAACAAUGAUCCGAUGUGGAGAAAAUACCAUCAUAUUUCUUAUCAACAAUGGAGGCUAUACAAUCGAAGUAGAGAUUCGUGAUGGCCCAUACAAUGUCAUUAAGAACUGGGAUUACACUGGACUCGUUGAUGCAAUCCACAAUGCCGAAGGCAAAUGCUGGACUACCAAGGUACGUACAGAGGAGGACUUAACUGAAGCAAUUGCGAAAGCAACAGGGGAGCACAAGGAUAGUUUAUGCUUCAUCGAAGUUUUUGUGCACAAAGAUGACACUAGCAAAGAGCUUCUGGAAUGGGGAUCCCGAGUUUCAGCUGCCAACAGCCGACCUCCAAAUCCAGUAGCGGACCUGAGCUGAAAGAAUCAAAGUUGGAAGAUCCGAAUUUUGAA